UUUCAGGAUAUCUCUAAGACUUAUGGGUGUUUUUAGGAUUCUAGGACAUUUCUCUGAGUUUAGGACAUCAGUGUCUCAGCUGUGUCCUCUGUCGGGGGUGUGGGGGAUCCUCCACAGGAUUUUUCUAAAAGGACAGAAACAUUUCAGUGUCAUUCACUUUUUUAUGUGAAUUAGAUAAUGGUAGGGACUAUUUAACGGUAUGGAGGACAUGUGGGAUGUGCUGUGUCCAGGAGGUAGGACAGAUUUUAAUCUUUUUUUUUUAUGUUUCUCAGGUCAGAUUUAUGGAAAAGUGAAACUAAAACUGUGCAGUGUCCCUUUAAUGUCUCUCCCUGUCAGUGUCUCUCUCUCACUCAGGUUUCCCUCAGUCCCCAGUCUCACUUCCUCCGUGUCCCAGUCCUCUGUUGUCCCCUCCCUCCCCCCUCUCUGGGCGGUGUAUUAUCGGGGGAGGGGGGAGGUGUCCGGACAUGCGCCCCUCCUCUGCUCCAUAAUGUCCGGAUAAUAGCGCGUGCAAAGUGGAUUUGAACUUGCAGCCGGUGCUGAGAGGAGAAGGAGGUCCGAGCUGCGGAGUCAGAGCAGCAGUCUGCGGUUAGUUUGGGACCUGCGGGGACUCCUACUGGAAAAGUCUCAAGAAAUAAACCAGCAACUGGAAUUUUAGACUCCUUUUCUAUUUUAAGGAUUUUAAGACACGCUGCGAUGCCGCACGUCCUCACACUCGUCCUCACACACCUGCUCUGCCUGGUGUGUGUGUGCUCCGCUCGUCCUCAGCUGGCACCGCCACCCUCCGCGAGGAUGCAGAGGACGUUACCUGUGAGCGGCUCUCUGGCGGGCCGGGUGGUGCUGCCGUGCCACUUCUCCAUCGCUCCCAGCUUCCCCACGCACACUCCUCCGCCCGGCGCUCCCCUCCCCGCCGCUCGCCCCACCCUGAGCCCCGCAGAGGAGCUGAGGAUCAAGUGGACCAAGCUGGAGGAGGCGGGGGAGAAGGUGGUGCUGGUGGCGCAGGGCAGCAUGGUGAAGGUCGGGCAGGAGUACCUGGGCCGGGUUUCGGUGUCCAGCCACCCGCUGUCGGUCGGUGACGCCUCCCUCAUCAUCGUGCGGCUCAGGGCCAGCGACGCCGGGCUGUACCGCUGUGAGGUCAUGCACGGGAUGGAGGACACCCAGGACACCGUCACCCUCAACGUCAGCGGUGUGGUGUUUCACUACAGAGCGAACACCAGCAGAUACACGCUGGACUUUUCUGCCGCUGAGGAGGCGUGUCGAGCUGCAGGCGCCGCCAUGGCCACGCCCGAACAGCUCACGGCUGCUUACGAGGACGGCUUCGACCAAUGUGACGCCGGCUGGCUGUCCGACCAGAGCGUCAGAUAUCCGAUCACGACGCCGCGUCCCGGCUGUGCAGGAAAUCUGCUGAGCAGACCAGGAGUGAGAACGUACGGCGUCCGAGACCCCGCCGAGAAAUACGACGUGUACUGCUACGUGGAUAAAAUACACGGAGACGUCUUCUACCCUCCGUCCCUCAGGGACAAGCUCACCCUGCAGGACGCCAGACUCGAGUGUGAGAAGCACGACGCCGUGCUGGCGUCUCCCGGUCAGCUGUUCGCAGCCUGGAGGGCGGGGCUAAACCGCUGCGACUACGGCUGGCUGUCAGACGGCAGCGUCCGCUACCCCGUCACCGUCCCGCGGCCGCAGUGUGGAGGAGGGCUGCUGGGGGUCCGCACGCUCUGGAAGUACGAAAACCUGACGGGCUUCCCCGACCCCGGAGACAAGUUUGGACUGUACUGCUUCAAAGCUAAAGAACCAGAACCGUCGACCACGAGUCCGCCCGUGACCCCGGCUCCCGGCACGCCCGCCCCCGGACCGGCCUUCGUUCCCGAAAGAGCCGAAAUUCAAACGAGAGCAUCAGAUUUUGUCGCAUAUUUGGCGACAGAGGAACCACAGCGACACACCUCCCCGCACACCGCCGUCACCCCCGCGUUCGUCUUUGACGACUUCGACGUUCGAGAUUUCGACUCCCACAGAGUGGAGUCCGUGCCGAGAGGAGACAUCCUGCUGCCCAUGCAGCUCCCUCCCUUACCCACCACGCGCUCGCAGCCCGCACGCCUCGACAUCUCCAACGGCGGCGAGGAGGGAGGCCCGGCGGCGUCAGGCCGGGGGGAGAGCGGUGGCGGCGGCGGCAGCGCCGACGGAGGCAGCAGUGAUGACGGCUCGAGCGGGGCGGAGAUCAGAGCGGUGACCCCGACACACGUGUGGGUGGAAACAACGACGAGACCAACGCACCUUCCAGAGGGGACUCUAGGAGUCCACAUCCAAGAACCAGGACGACCCGCCGGGACGCCAGAACCAGGACGAACCGCCGGGACGCCAGAACCAGCACGACCCGCCGGGACGCCAGAACAAGGACGAACCACCGGGACACCAGAACCAAGACGACCCGCCGGGACGCCAGAACAAGGACGAACCGCCGGGACGCCAGAACAAGGACGAACCACCGGGACGCCAGAACCAAGACGACCCGCCGGGACGCCAGAACAAGGACGAACCGCCGGGACACCAGAACCAGGACAGAUCACUGUGACGCCUGAACCAGGGCGACCUGCUGGGACGACGGAGGCGGGGCAACAGCCUGCAGUCGUUUUUAAAGAGGACGUCACCCCUGAAAUUGCACUGACCUUUGACCUCGACCCGUUGCUGGCUGCUCCUGUGGACGGAGAGUCUUCGGCCAAACCGCCGUUCCACCUCAUCAUCGUCAACGUGCACGACCAGAACCAGUCAGUGGACCAGAUCCUGGACAUCUUGAAUCAGCCCCUCAUCGAAGGCUCCCAGUCCCACUUCCCCCAGAUCACCGACCUGUCCCAGGUGUCCAGUGAAGCCGUCCUCCACGCCAGCGGAGACCUGGAUUCUCUGGACGCGUCUCCCAUCGGCCUGCCGCCAACUGUCAGCUUCAUCAACGGGAAACACGAGGUGAAAUUUGAGCCGCAGCUGCCCGAAGAAGCCAGAGGAGAUCAGUUUGAGACGGCCACGCCUGUUCAGGUGGACGAGGGGGAGGAAGAAGAAGAAGAAGAGACGGAGGAGGAGAGCGUGACGCCGUUUGACUACGGCGCCAUAGAGAUCCACACAGAGGGGACACCCACAGAGGAGACACCCACAGAGGACAGACUGACAGAGGACACACCUGCAGAGGACACACAUGCAGAGGACGCACUGACAGAGGAGACGCCCACAGAGGACACACCUGCAGAGGACACACUGACAGAGGACACACCUGCAGAGGACACCGGUGAUCCUCAUCCAGAUGUUUACCCAGAUGUUCCAGACUCGGUCCCUGAUGUCUUUACGGACUCAGAGGACGUCAAAACUGAAGAACCAGGUGAUCAGACAGCAGCAGGAACCACCACCGUGUCCCCUGUUCGUAGCACAUCAGGGGGCCAUGUCCCCCCUGCUGUCUCGCAGCCUGUCACCGACCCUGUGUCCCCCUAUGAGGACAUGGAGGGCUCUGCGAGCCGCGGCGCUGACGAUGAUGCCGGCGCUGUGCAGGAGGGCUCUGCAGACGGCGCUCUGCCCACGCCGGCUGCAGGAGGCCAGUCCGCUGUCAGGACUGACGAGACAGAACUCGGAGGGACAGAGCCUCCGACUUUAACCCCGGACACACAAUCCCCAAAAACCACCACCCAGACCGAGAGAGAGGACGCCGAAGGGUCUGCGUCUGGAGAGGACGAAGCUUCAGGACAAGAGCCACCGGAGACGCCCGGAGUCACCGAGGCUGCAGCCGGGGCCGCCGUCACAGAGGUGCCUCUGGUUUUCCCGGGUGUGGACACGGUCCCAGAGACGGGCUCAGGUGCAGAGCAGCUGUCCGGAGAGGCGGAGGCCUCGGGGGAGCCGGGUGGUCCGGUUGACCCUCCCAAAGAGGUCACGGUCACUGUUUUACCAGAUGUAGCAGCUGUGACGUUUGAGGACCAAACCACAGACGCGAAGGACGUGACCUCGGAGCCAAAAUAUUCCACACACGACCAGAGACAUCCCACCGAGUCCCCCGAAGACCACCCCCGACCUGCCGAGGUCCACACAGACCAGACUGAGCCGUCCACCACGCAGCGCGUCGGCCAGCCGACGCUCUCCACCUCCUCGCCCCUCUACACCUUCGACCGCAACACCGACUCCGUCCCCCAGUGGGCGCUGAGCCCCGACCCCGCUGCCACGCCGCUGCCUGAUGAGUUUGGGGACUAUGAAGAGGUGGCGCCCCCGCUGCUGGAGUCACAGCCUCAGAAACCAGAAAAGAUGGCGUCCACAGAGCAACCAGACAGCAGCACGUACUCUGUGGAGGCCAGCACGGUGGACGUCAGAGAUCUGCUGCCGUGCUCCACCGCCGUGUGUCACAACGGAGGCUCCUGCUACGAAAAAGGAGCUGAAAAUAUCUGCGUGUGUGCACCUGGAUACACGGGGCCGCUCUGUGAAACAGAUGUUGACGAGUGCCAGUCGAACCCGUGUCUGAACGGAGCCACCUGCCUGGACCGAGUUAACUCCUUCAGCUGCCUCUGCCUGCCCAGCUACUCCGGAGAGCUCUGCGAACAAGACACGGAGGUUUGUGGAUUCGGGUGGCAGAAGUUUCAGUCUCACUGCUACAAGUACUUCACCCACCGCCGGACGUGGGACGCCGCAGAGCGGGAGUGUCGGCUGCACGGCGCCCACCUGACCAGCAUCCUGUCCCAUGAGGAGCAGCUGUUCGUCAACCGUCUGGGCAGCGACUAUCAGUGGCUCGGCCUCAACGACAAGAUGUUUGAGAGAGACUUCAGAUGGACCGACGGCAACCCGAUGCAAUACGACCACUGGAGGCCCAACCAGCCCGACAGCUUCUUCCAGUCUGGAGAGGACUGUGUGGUGAUGAUCUGGCACGAGGGGGGGCAGUGGAACGACGUGCCCUGCAACUAUCACCUGACCUUCACCUGCAAGAAGGGGACAGUCUCCUGCGGGCAGCCCCCCGUGGUGAAGGACGCUCGCGUGUUCGGGGCCAUGAAGUCUCGUUACGAGAUCAAUGCGCUGCGCCGCUAUCACUGUAAACAGGGCUUCAUCCAGAGACACGCCCCCACGAUCCGCUGCCGAGCCAACGGCCAAUGGGACGUGCCCAAAGUCACCUGCACAAGCCCCGCCACCUACCACAGGUCAGUUUCUCUGCGGCGCCGCAACAACCAGAACAACGAGCAACAAAACCGGCACUAUAACCACCACGUCCAUCACGCCAAGAGUCGCCCAAAACACAACGACAACAUCGAGCAGCAGAAGAGUUACGACUUCUUCCAGAGCCCUUGGAGCUCGUCUCAGAGGGAGAAGAGGCAGCAGGAACACGACCAGCACCAGACGACGCACUGAUCUGGUUUUUGGGGUUUAUAGACGAGCAGCCGAACGCAGCGCGCCAGCGGCGGCGGUCCAGAGGCAUCGAUAGACAGAGACGUGCACUGAGCUGUCUAUCAAUGGCUCUCUGAAGGACGAGGGACGCGUCUCACCGCCGCAGUGUCCCCAACAUCAUCUGAAGCAAAACACCAGUGAGAUUUUUUUGCUAAAUAAUUAUCUAAAGUCACAAUAAUCUGAACAGGAAGACUGGUGCUUUAACGGUCUGCGAGUCCGCAGGUUCAGGACCUGAUCCAGGAUCUGAACAGUCUGUCAGCCGCUCAGUCUUAUUUCAAAGAUGCCCUGUGGGAUUUUUUAAACAAAGAAAGAAAACAUUCAUUUUUUUAUGUCCUUGAGGCCUCAUAAGUUUUUUAGAAUAUUCACAAAGAUACUUGCAGUUUAUUUUUAUAAGAGCUUGUCCAGUAGUUUAGAAAAUGUAAGUUAUGGUACUUAAAGAGUAAAAAUACAGACAGAGUAAGUCAGCGUAUGGAAGAGUAAUGCAUUCAUGUGAGAGAAAAAAUUCUGCUUUUAAAAAAAAGUGAAGUCAGAAAAUAAUCUCAGAAAACAAAGAAUUUA